AUGACACAAGCUAUCAAGCUGCUGUCGGGCCCAUCACCGGCUUCAUGGUCUACAGCCUCCGACUCCCCCCUCUCUGCAACUCCUGCUUCAACAAGACCUCCUCCGGUUCCUCAACCGCUCUUCUUCUCCACCAACGGUAUCGAUCAAUUUCCAGCACCGUCUGCCUACUCAGCCUAUCGAAAUGCCUGGGUUCAUGUCUUUCCAGAGGCUUGUUGUCACCAAAGCCCGGAAAGCGGGCUGCGCUACUUCAAAUGGGGUGUAUCUCGCCUGAUCCUCGAAUCUGACCCGGCUCCCGAGUUCAUCCCCAUGUUCGUCCAUGGUACCCAGCACAUCAUGGCCGAGGAUAGAGGAUGGCCUAGGUGGGCACCCCGUGUUGGAAAGACGGUUAAGAUAGUGAUAGGCGAACCGACCGACGUUGAUCAGCUCUUCGGUCUGCAACGGGCAGCAUGGCGCAAGCUCGUUGCGAAAGGCGACCCAGAACUACUCCGGAAUAGCCCAGAGGCGACUGAGUUAAGAAUAUCGGUGGCCAGGAGAGUAAGAGACGAGGUCGAGAAACUGAGAGAAAGCGCGGGCUUCCCUGCGGAAAAGGACGAAGCACCAGCUCUCGCAGAAACGUGGGCCAAAGAUCCUCUCCGCACAAAAUUCAAGAGCCCAGUCGAUGGUAGUCUUGUCAACAGACACGGGCCAAAGGAACGCCCAUGA